AUGACAAGCCUCUUCGUCAUGUUGGCGAUGCCCGCAAAGACUCUUGUUCUGUGGGUAUCUAGCAUAAUCUUCAUUGACCAAGAAGCCAAAGCUCAGAAUGAGGUGAAUAACGGUCCCUUACGCUUGCUAGACAUUUCUGACCACAAGGAUGACAGUAGCAACAUUGAAAAGUUCAAGAAGUUGAGGGAAUCUGCCUCUCCAGUUGAGACAUCUGCCCUCGACUCGUUUUUUGAUCAGUUGCCCCCUAUCCCGCUAUCACAUUUGGUCGGUAGUUGGAAUGGUGGGUUCUUCGACACAGGCCACCCGAACGGAGACUUCAUGAAAGACAUUUCCUGGAUUGGCAAAGACUUCUUCUCCGUCGAUCACGUCGAUCCUGUGAUCGUGGAACGUGGCGGCAAGAGACAGAGCUGGGGAAAAUGGGGCCUUGCGAGCUUGAAAGAAAUCGUCUUCCGAGGCCAAGUGACCUCUGCCAUGGUAUAUGACGAUCAACCAGUGAUCGAUUACUUUCGAUUUGUGGACGAUAAAACCGUGGCCGGGAUCAUGGAGGGCAAAAAGCUGGACGGACCGUUCCACUUCUACCUCACCCGGCCUUGA